CAUUCGAACGAGAGAGCGAGAGAGAACGCGAGGCGGCUGCCACUUGGCUGCCGAGCGAAGCAUCUCAUCCCGACCGAAGGACGCCUCGUCGACUGCUCGACGAAGGUCCAUAACUCUGCCUCCGCCUCCGCAUCGUACAUCGAUCGUCACAUUCUCGUGUUCUCGAAUCUGCCCCAAUUUUCCCUUGACGUUAGGAAGGCGAAGAAGCCAUGGCGACAAUUAGAAGCAGCUGCACCGUUUUCUUGUGCUCGCUCGUCUGCGUGGCAGUGCUGUCGUGCGUCGAGGCUCGUGACCUCGCACUCCAAGGGCCUGCUCUCCGACUGGUGACCGACAGCGGGAACGAGGCUGAGCAAUGCGGCCCCAAAUUGUCCAUUGAGACUCCUGUCUGCACAGUCGAGAAGAAGGGCGAUGGUUUUGAGCUGCGCCGUUAUCCCGCUGGCCAAAUCUGGGCGGAGACGGUUGUCGCCAACUCAAGUUACAGACAGGCAUGUUCAGAUGGCUUCUAUCGCUGCUUCUACUUCAUUUCUGGAAAGAACUCAGCCAAGGAAAGCAUAGAGAUGACUGGGCCUGUCCAUAUCAAACCCGCUCCUGAGGCAAACGGCUGGAAGAUCGCCUUCUUUACUCCUAGCAAGUACAAAAGUGUCGCAGAUGUUCCAACUCCAACUGACCCAAAUGUAAAGAUUGUCUCAACGGAGGAAUCGCUUGUUGCAGUUUCGAAUAUGUUUGGAGGGUUCCCAAGUGAGAGAGAUUAUUACACCCAGUGGGUGAAGCUGAAAGAUGAGCUCGACAGUGCAAAUCUUCACUACGAUGAGAGCAGUCUAGUGUUCGCAGGCUACAGCAGUCCUUUUGAAAUCUUCCACAGGAAACAGGAAGUUCACGUUACUAUCGAGUAAUGCAGACAGUAGACGGUUGUUGUUUAUGAAAGAUUAGAGGAUUGUGUGUAUCUCAAAAUCAAGUUGGUAAGGUGCCUUGCAACUGGCUAAAGCCUUCUUAGAUUUGUUUCACGGAGCUCCUGUUUGCCCUUUAGUUGAGAUCUCCAAGUGUUUAAGUAAAAAUACCGACAGGUUUAUAAAUGUGAGCACGUUCAGAGCAGUUCCGAAGCUUCAAUUGUUUUAUGACCAGCUGAUAUGGG